AUGCAGAGCGCGUGCGCCAGUCUGACACACGCAAGCGCCUCGCAGCAAUGCCGCACGUCAGUCGCGCGCUGGCCUUUGCCGCGUCCGAGGUAUCUCGUUCCUAUUAACGCGACAUCAUCACGCGAUAAAUGGCGCCCAAACAGGGACCUCGUUAUCGCGGGUGAUUCGUGGGCAGCACACGGUCGCGGCGCAAUCACACAUGCUGACGAUAUGGACACAGUAUGGCCGCGGCACAUUGGCUCAACUCGCUCGGAUAUCUGUCACUGUCGCUGCUAUGUCUCCUCGCCACUACCCUUCAAGUCACAAGCGGUAAGUCUGUGUUCC